ACCACUUCAUUAACGGAUUACAAAUAUAUGAUAGGCAUGAUAUGCAUAUUAUCUUUGGAGCACUCGGAAACAACACAAGAAUAACAAUGCGAAGAUUUCUUCUUACUUUAAUUUUAGCCUGUGCUCUGAGUUCUCCAUCUGAAUUGUUAAGAUUGGUCAAUGGCUCUGAUUCCUGCUGUGGACGAGUGGAGAUCCUUCACAAUGGCACAUGGGGAACUGUGUGUGAUGAUGACUGGGACAUAACAGAUGCUGAUGUUGUGUGCAAACAAUUAAACUGUGGCAGAGCCAUCAGCGCCUCUAGCAGAGCUGCAUUUGGUCAGGGAAGUGGAGCGAUCUGGCUGGAUAAUGUUGGAUGCUCUGGAAAUGAGCACAACAUUACACAGUGCACACACAGAGGUCUGGGACAACAUGACUGUAAUCAUGGUAAAGACACUGGUGUUGUGUGUACAGGUGUUCUGCAGAUGCCCAACCUUACCAUUAUCUCACAUUCAGUUGUGUCUCCUGGAGAAAACAUUCAGUUCAGAUGCACAACACCUAAUCCAAGAUGUCAGGAAAAUGCUAAAUUCCACCUGUUUAGAAACAGAUCAUCCACAAUAUCCUCUCAAACAAGUGUAUCUAGUGUGACUUUCAGUCUGACUGUAGAUGUCUCACAUCAGGAUCAGUACAGCUGUGGUUACUCUUACAGGAAUGACAUCAUCAAGUCUUCUAAUAACACUAUUAACAUCACUGUAGUGAACCUGCAGAAGCCCAAUAUUUCUCUCAGUGGAUUGUUUGACUUUGGUCCUCAGGGUUCAGUGGUCGCCAAAGGUCACAGAUUUACUAUUACUUGUUCAUCUGAAUCUCAGUAUUCUGGAGGCUUCUUCUCUCUGUUCAGUGGAUCAAACAUCACCAGGAAUGAACCAGCUGUCAAUCACUCAGCCGUCUUCAAAUUUCCUGAGGCAGAUUAUUCACAUGAGGGAAACUACAGUUGUGUUUAUAAAGUGAAUGUGUCCUCACGUAACUUUUCUUCAGUUUCCUCUGACCUGCUGCUCAUCACAAUCGUAGCCUCUCUACUUCCUGUCAUUGGUGGUGUUGUGUCAGCUUUACUUCUCAUCUUCUCUGCUCUUGUUAUCGUCUUCAUAGUGAAGAGAAGACAAAAACUAAACAAUAAGGAGAUUCGUAAAAAGUGCUUUUUUAAGAAAGGUGCGGGUAAUACAUAUAAAGGUGCAUCCCGUGACACCAAAAAUGAAAAGGAUGUUGAGGACAUCUCUCAAAAUGUGGAACCUGAUCAGAAAGACUGUGAAAAUGUGAGUAGUGAUGACUCUGAACAGGACUAUAUUAAUGUGGAUUCAGAUAAUUCAGAACAGGAUUAUAUGAAUGUGGACACAGAUGAUUCUGAAGAGGAUUAUGUUAAUGUUGAUAUUACAGACAGUGACAGUAAAUGUGAUGAUGACCUUUAUGAAAGUGUUACUGAUGAUGAGUGAACCUGAAAUACAGUAGAUUUACCUUAGUGACUGUGAUAUCCAUUAAAGACUGAUGGUCCAGACGAUGAUGAUGUGAUUUGGUGUAUCCAGUCAAACACAUGAACUGUGUCCUAUCACUGAUGUUAUGGGGUCUCUUGA